AUGAAUUUGACAAUACUGCAUCCGGCUAAUAAUAUUUCAUUGCGUGUGAAGAUGUGGAAAAAGGCUUCUGGAUUUAAGCCCUUUCUAGUGGAUACUACCAUCGAUGCUUGUCGCUUUGUGAAAUCAUCCUACGAUCCUUAUGGCAAAAUAGUCUAUAAUAUCUUCAAGGACUUUUCGAAUAUUAAUCACACCUGUCCAUAUGUGGGACCACAAAUUGUCAAGGACUUUUACCUCCGAUCUGAGCUCUUACGGCUGCCUUUUCCUUCUGGGGAUUAUUUGUUAUCGAUGCAAUGGCAUUUCUACAAGAAUCUUAUGUUUGAUACGAAUGUUACUUAUGUCUUUAUGGAGGAUCUAUUGAAAAGAACUUAG